ACCGUGAUUGGUAGAAGCCGCGAUAUUUGGGACCAGGAGUGGAAGGGGGGAAAGAGCCGUGGUAGUGAGCCCUUCCUGGGUGAGAGGUGGUGAGGCAAGGUCAUGGCGGCAGCCGACGGUCCCACGCAGCUCCUGGAAGUGUGCGGGCAGAGACUGUCCCGAUUCCUUUACGAUGCUGAGCACAAGCACUUGGCCUGGCUGCGGGAGGUGGAGGAGCAGGGCUUGAGGAUGCUGGAUAGCAUUAACUUCAGAGCUGAACCUGGCCUGAUGCCCAAAACGCCAUCCCAGAGGAGACGGCCUAGGAAGAGGCAGUCUUCAGCUCUGAAAGAUGAGAAUGAGCCAACCAGGAGGAGGUUGUCCAGAAGGAGAAGCAGUGUUAAGCUAGCAUCUUCCAGGCCAAGUUCCCAAAGACGCUGCAGCAAAGAGCAUCCCCAGAAUCCUAGCUGUCAGGUGAGGUCUGAGACCAACACUGAAAUGGAGCUUCCAGCACUGCGUGAGAAAUUGCCAGCAGAAGCACAAAGUUCCAUGGUGGAAGUGGAUUGCAAUGACUGCCCUCAGGCUGAGUUACCUCCACAGCAAGACAGUGCUGAUUGUGGUGAUGCAGACUGUGAGGCUGUUCCAGCAGAGCAGGCGUCCCUGGAGGGUGCAAUCAAUGAACUGCAUGAGGUGCCUGCUGUCAGUGCAGUCCCUCAUGACCAGACAGCAGUAGAGGAGGAAGAGACCAUUGAACGAAAAGCAAGUACGUCCACUCCCAAGGCUACUAGAAAUAGACAUCCUGCCAUGCCCCAAGGAGAUCUGUCUUCUCAGAGCCUAGAGAAGGUGCUUCUCCAGGACUCCAACAACAAAAUGACCAUAGUGACAUCCAAAACACGACGCUCUGGACGCCGAAGCUGUGUGGGUGGCACCCACAAAAGCCAUAGGACCUCCUUGGCUGAAAAAUAUUCUCUGGCCAGCAAAAGAGAGAGCAUGAUCCGGAGAUCUAUCAGCAGGGCCAUUGCAAAGAAGGCAGCAGCACAAGAAUCUUCCUCUGCCUCCAGCAGAGUGAGCUGUCAAAGCUCCUUAGAGGUUUUUGUGGAAGAAGAUGUGACCAAUAACUUGAGAACUGGACUGGAACUGAACUCCCCAAGUGAAAAGGCUCCUGAAAACUUUUUCACUUCAAGCAAAAGUGAAAAAGAUGUCAGCCCUCCUGCACAGCACUUGUCUCCUGAGCAGCAGACAGAGAAUAAUGAAGGAAGCUGUGUAAAUCCCAAGAGUGAAGCCCAGAACAAGAACCAAGAACAAGCCCACUGUGCCAAGUCCCAAGAGAAUCCUUCACGCCUAUGGACAAGAAGCUAUAAGCAAGCAAUGGGUGCUGUAUGGAACCGCCAGCAUCCAGGUGGUGCCCGCUCCCCUCUGGAUGACAAGCACAUGAAUUCUGCAAACCUGACUCCACCUUCUGCUUCUCCAGCUAGCAAGGUGGUUAGACCAUUGAAAAACUUCCUUCAGGCUGUGCAGAGAAACCAGCUACUUACAACCUCUGGGUCCACAGAACAUGGAGGUGUCAUAAAGAAUUUCAUCAAAUGCAAUACUCCCACCCGACCUAAUCUUAAGGGAGACUUUGUUGAGAAGGAGCGACAGAGACUGGAAAGCCUCAGGAAGAAACAGGAGGCUGAGGAACAAAGGAAGAAGAAAGUGGAGGAAGAAAAGAGACGGAGACAGGCAGAAAUGAAGCAGAAGAGGGAAGAACGACUGAGGAAAGCACUGCAGGCUCGAGAGCGAGUGGAACAAAUGGAAGAAGAGAAGAAAAAACGGAUGGAACAGAAGAUUUUACAGAGUGAUGAAAAGCACUCCAGGUGGUGGGUUUCUCAUCACAUGACCUGUAGUAAGUGAUGGACUUGCACAAGGUGCGUCUCUCACAGGUGCGGGAAGAAAAGGUGUCUGAGGAACGGAGCAAGAAAAAGCUUUCAAAGAAACCUUGGGAAAGUGAUGUGCGG